AUGUAAGUGUUCACAGCCUCAGGUAUCCUGUUCUAAGCAUGCCCCUCCAACACACCCCUACCCUCGCCCAUAUAAUCCCGCUUCUGCCGCUGUGAUAAGGCUGCCCUGUUGAGUCCUGUGUUGUCUUUUAAGUGAUUUGGUUUUUCCCAUUCUGCCUGGCCUUGUUGGUGGCACCCAUAAGGCUCAAAAUCAGUCCUCCACGUGACAUCUAUAAAGAGUUCACCUAUCUAUAACCUGUUCACCAACACCUGGUAAGCAUGACGCAUCUUUCAUUAUGUUCAGAUUCACUGUUUCCCUUUUCUGUUGGCACAUGUUGUAUCUCUCAAUGGUUUUCUUUGCUUUGGUGCAUUUGCGCAUUCGUGCAUCUUCACAUACCCAUCAAGCAUGGUCUGGGAGUACGCCUGCUAGCGUUCCAUGAAGCCAAGGCCUACAGGGGCAGGAGAGACCGGUCACUGGUGAGCAUCUACUAUACGUUACGUCACCGGCUUGCAGUCCGGAGGCAGACCGAAGGAAGAGGGAUAUGCAGGCGUGGUGGUCUCUUGGCCCCUGCAGAUUCCUUGAGCGGGGGCCCAAGAUCCAUCAAGCCCGGAUCAUUGGGAGAAUCAUCAGGCGCCUAUGCGACGAUCCAACGUGGUCCGACAAUGUCCGUGGGGCAUUCUCAGGAUCGCCGAGCCGUCCUCGUCCCACGGACCUCCAAACGGAAAGAUCUGUCCGUUUUGCGUGAACCGUCGAGGAACGGCUAUUGAGGGGGGAGGAGGAGGGGUAAAAUGAGGAGAGCACAGGAGGGGCUAUACGGGGGAAUCACUUCACAUUGAGGGACAAUCAUUGCUGCUAGCUCAUAUCAUCAUCAAUGAGCAGCAUAAUGACAAUUGUUCUGAGUUAUGGGAGGCGGGUUGAACCGAUGUCAAUUCAUUACGGAGUUAUCCGAGAUCGGGGGAGGCGGGGGGGGGGAAAGACGACAAGAAGGGGAGAUCAC